AUGGGUAAUGGCAUGAACAAGGUGCUGCCGGGAGUCUUCAUCGGCAACUUCAGGGACUCCAAGGACCCGGAACAGCUCCGGGCCAACAACAUCACGCACAUCAUUUCCAUCCACGACACGGCGCGCAAACUGCACGAGGACAAGGAGUACCUGUGCAUCCAAGCGUCCGACACCCCGGGCCAGAACCUGACGCAAUUCUUCUCGCAGUCCAACGACUUCAUCCACCAUGCCCGCAUCGAAGGGGGCAAUGUGCUCAUCCACUGCCUGGCCGGGGUGUCACGCAGCGUGACCAUCGCGGUGGCGUACGUGAUGUCUGUGACCAGCCUCAACUGGCGGGAAUCGCUCAAGGCCGUCCGCGGUGCCCGGAGCAUCGCCAACCCAAACUUCGGCUUCCAGAAGCAGCUCCACGAGUACGAGUGCAAGAAGCUCUACGAGGAGCGGAAGCGACUGCGGCAGAAGUUCCCUCGAGAAAGCUUCUUCGAUGACGAACAGGAGUGCCGCAAGCUGCUGGUGGCUUACCACAACUCCGUGCGGCCCCUGGAGCCAUGCCCGAGCAUCUGUCGACGGGGCCCCCAGGGCCUGACGCCGCCAUCGUCCCCGAGACGACGUCGGCACCGCAGCCCGUCACCGUCGACUUCGUCCGCCCCCAGCUCUUCGACGUACACCAGGCCGCCCUGA